AUGGAGCAAGUUGACGACGGAUUGAACGACUCUGGCAACUGGCCUGCAAGGAAGAGGCUUCGGACUUCGCAUGCGGUAUGCCAUCCUUGUGCCACGUGUGCCGCUGCGAAUCAAGACUGCGCAUAUGGGUCUGAGGCCAACUCGAGAAGCAAGACCGAUGUAAUCCUGGAGAGCGUUCUUCGAGUGGAGAGAUCCCUCCACGAGCUCAAGUCUAAUAUCUCGUCGAUCAGUCCUCAAGUUGCCAGUCAGCCCCAGUCUCAAGCUUCGCCGCAUGAUCGUCGCACCAAUUCUUUCUGUGGCUCAACACCAGAUGCAAGCUUGAGACGGAGGAGCUUUGCCAUCCAUACGCCUACAAGUCAGGACUACCGUGAGGAUGGCAACAACUUUGAGAACGCCGUCUUGGAUUCGAUGCACACUUCUACAACAGAGUCUGUCCUGCAAUGGCCACACUUUGACGUCUUUCCACAACUACGGAGCGACGGAAUGUCGAUAUUCCACCUUGAGCAGUCUCGCACUCCGUGGGUGGUGACAUCGAACCCGAUAUAUCCAUAUGUUGAUGCCGAUGCUAUCGACUCAAUGCUCGACUCAUUCGAGCACAAUGUGAACUUUUGGUAUCCUACAAUGUCACAGAGUCAGCUGCAGGCGAUAAGAUCGACAAUGGAGAAUGGGGUGCCAGCCGAGGACACCGUCCACUGCUGUCUCUGCUUGCUGACGCUAGCGUUGGGAUGUGCAAGCCAGUCCGUCGCUGGCCUACGAUUUGUUACCGAGUCUGAAGAUGCAGAGAAAGAAAGGAGACUUCGAAAGCGGAAGAUGGGCGACGUAUACUUUCAACUAGCUUUGAAGAAGAUACACGUCGCCCAUCUUCAGGUUGACUCGGAGACGACGCAAUGUCUAUUCUUUGCUGCUCUCUACUUUGCCUCGCUCGUUCGGCCUCUUCAAGCUUGGGAGUAUCUGAGCGCCACGGCAACGAGAUGCAUGCUUCUCUUGUCAUAUCCCUCAGAUAAACCAGACGUUGAGAAUGAAGAGCGGAUUAGAAGAAUAUUCUGGUCUUGUUAUAUCCUUGAAAGCGACUAUAUGGCCGAGUUAUCAGCUUGCCCACCUUCUGGAAUUGCCAGGGUCGAAUCUUCUGUCCAGCUUCCCAGUGUCUACCACACACACACCUCAGACAAAGAAGAAGAGGAAUCGUCGCUCUAUUUUCUCGCUUGUAUCAGCAUGAGGCGUCUGCUCAACCGAGUACAUCAGCUAUUGUACGCACGAGACUCGGGUGCCGCAUUCGACCAAUCUCGAUUUCCAAGGAUUGUAGCGGAGCUCCAACGUCAACUAGACGAUUGGCGCGACGUAUUACCAGCAUCCUUUUACUUCAGCAUCGAUACGGAGGAGACUGCCACUGAAGCUGGGGGGUUUCUUCGACAGCGUUACUUGACAUGCAGAGGAGUCAUCUACCGACCGUAUUUGAUGUGGAUGCUGAGUGAUAGCCACGUGGGUGCGAAUGACAGUGGUCUCGCUAUCCCGGAGGCUUUGUCCAAUUCUAAGGCGUGUUUGGAUGCCUGCUUGCUACAUGCACUCAACCUGCGAGGCUUUUCACAGACAGUCAUGAUUGACACCUGGAUAUGUUCACUGUCUAUGUCGGGUGCAAUGCUCAUACUUCUCGCUGCUUGUCAGGUGCCUGCUUUGAAGGAUCUCAUCAGCCAUCGCGUCACUCGUGUGGGCGAUCAUCUCCAGCAGCUGUUCCACCACUGGCGUAGCAUUUUUUUCGGAGCAGAUUCGCCGAGCGUUGAGCGAAGUUUAGGGCUGAUUGAGAAAGCGGAUGGGUAUAUCAAGGAAUCAUGUUAA